UACAAACAGACCAAACCGGAUCAAAGUUCAACCUAGCGGAGUCGAGCCGAAAAUCAAAUAGCUUAAAUUGAGAGUUUAACAUCCAGAAAAAAACCCUGGAUUGAUUUAAGCCGAGUCGUGACUGAAUUGACUAAAAGCGAGUAGCGCGUGAGAAGAGUUUUAAUGAGCGAAUGCAGCCUCGUUUCUGUCAGUCUUCAUUGAACGACUGAAGUCCUGAAUUGUUAACUUGGACCCGUGUGUUGGUUGGUUUUAUGUUUAGUGUAUUUCUGAGUUUCAUCUUUUGAAAAGUGCAGGGUUGUGAACAUCGCUUAUAUAAGCACGUCACUUGUCUCAAACAAAUAGAGCACGACAAAUUGUUCCUUUUGAAGCGUGUGGAAACUCUCCAGCACACGGUGGCUUGGUUGCAUUUUACGUUGCGAGUUUUGCUGACCUGAAGAUCAAGUUCUGAAGAUGUGGAGGUUGUCUGCGUUUCUAAGACGUUGCAUUACAACUUCAUCCAGCAGACAUCGCAAAAAAGACGGCCUUUUUAUCAUCCAUCCUGAUGUGAAAGAGGCUUUAGCGGAUCAAAGGCCAGUUGUGGCUUUGGAAAGCACUAUUAUCACACAUGGAAUGCCUUAUCCUCACAAUCUCAGUACAGCAAAGGAAGUGGAGGCGAUUGUGAGAGCUGAGGGUGCAAUCCCUGCAACCAUUGGGAUUCUUGAGGGCAGCAUUCAUGUGGGCCUUUCGUCAGAUGAACUGGACUUCCUGGCACAAAGCAAAAUGGCACUAAAAGUGUCCAGAAGGGACUUACCUUAUGUCAUCAGCAAGGGUAUGUCGGGUGGCACAACUGUCUCCGGCACAAUGAUUGCGGCUCACAAGGCUGGGAUUCCUGUUUUUGUAACUGGAGGCAUUGGAGGAGUACAUAGAGAUGGAGAAAACUGCAUGUUUAUUAAAAAAAAUUCUUAUAUCCAUUUGAAAAUGUUUACUUGCCUGUAUUUAAUGACCAAUAUAUUAUCUCUCGUAGCUCUGGAUGUGAGUGCAGACCUCACUGAACUGGGUCGAACCCCUAUUGCUGUUGUGUCAGCUGGGGUGAAAUCCAUCCUAGAUAUCGGUCGCACUCUUGAGUUCUUGGAAACUCAGGGUGUGUGUGUGGCCACAUAUGGAGAGUCAAAUAGCUUCCCAGCCUUCUUCUCUAGGCAAAGUGAAUUUACUUCUCCUUACCAUGUCUCCAGUCCUCAAGAAGCAGCAGAUCUUAUUGCUAGUACACUAUCUCUGGGGCUGCAAAGUGGUCUUCUGUUGGCCAUCCCCAUCCCUGAGGAACAUGCAGCCACAGGACAACAGAUAGAAGAUGCCAUACAAACAGCUGUGAAGGAGGCCAGCUCACAAGGUGUCACAGGAAGAGAUGUCACCCCUUUUAUCCUUCAGCGAGUCAAUGAGCUGACAAAAGGAAAGUCCCUGCAAGCCAAUAUAGCGCUCAUCAAAAACAAUGCCAAGGUGGGCAGUCAGAUUGCAUGUGCCCUUUCUAAACAUAAAGAGAAAACUGGAGGCAACUUCAGAGGUGACAUUAAAACCCGAAAAUCAAAGGACCAGAGAACAGACUCCUACGCUAUUGUUAUUGGUGGAAUAAACGUUGAUUUCAUCGCUAAAGGAAUGACAAAGAAAUUGGUGUUUGGUCAGACAAAUCCAGGAAGUGUUUGUCAGUCUUUUGGAGGCGUAGGCAGGAAUAUUGCUGACUGUUUAAGCAGAUUAGGGCAGAGGCCUCUCUUCAUCUCUGCCAUUGGCAAAGACUCUCAUAGUGAAGCUGUGCUAAACUAUUGUAAACACAUGGAUACAAGCGCAGUUGCCAGAUUACAAGACCAAAGGACUGCGACCUAUUGUGCUGUUAUAACCGAGUCUGGAGAGCUGAGCCUGGGAUUGGGCGACAUGGACAUCCAUCAGCAAAUACAAGAGCAAUAUGUAUCUCAGUUUGAGGAUCAGUUUGCAUCAGCAUCUCUUGUAGUUCUUGAUGGCAACAUUCCCGUUUCAACCAUAGAUUACGUGUGCCGUAUUGCCAAGAAACGUGCAGUCCCUGUGUGGUUUGAGCCCACGGAUGCAGAUAAGGCCUGUAAGCCCUUCCUGUCAGAGAGCUGGAAAGCCCUAUCUUACAUCUCCCCCAAUCUGGCUGAGCUCUGCACCAUGAAUCAUACACUAGGCCUGCCUACACCUACAGAGUUUCCCAGAUCACUUGAGGAUGUCUUGGGCUGUGUACCAGCUCUCUCCCGCCCCCUGCUGGAGCAUCUGAAUUGUGUGGUGGUCACUUUAGGUGCGUUGGGUGUGAUGGUGUGUGGAGAACAUGCGGCUGGGACUGUGAAUUUGCAGCCACAAAAGCAAAAGCUGAAGGGACGGCUGUGUGCUGUUCAUUAUCCUGCGCUGACUGUGAGCUCUAAAGAAACAGUAAAUGUGUCUGGAGCUGGUGACAGUUUUGCUGGAGCAAUGAUGGUGGGGAUCUUACAAGGGUUGGACACAGACAGCUGUGUGCGCAUGGGUCUCCUUGCCGCCCGCACAUCCUUGCUGUCUCCUCAUCCAAUUGAUCCAUCACUGACAGCAGAUGACAUCCAUCCGGAAAAAUUACACUCUCAGCUGUGGCCAAAGCCUUCAUUUGUGUGGAUAGAGGACUGAAAUACAAUUAGAAAGAGAUUGAAGUCUUGCCAGCAAACAUCUAGAGUCACGGUGCAUUAGGCUGUACAUAGGUGGUACUUUUGUAGGAUUUUACUACAAACAAACUUAAAUAUGGUUGCAUACUUUGCAGACUUCAUAUGGAAUGUAAUUCAUUGAAUUAGAGUACACUGAUUUAUUUUUUAAAUGAAUGGGUCUAAACCACUGUAACACUGGUCUUAUCUGUAGUGGAGGACACCUUCAGAAACAUGAAAAUCCUACCUCGUGACCGAAACAACUGUGUUUUUAGCAUUUCAUAGUAUUAUAACAUACUUGUGUUUAUAAAUGACAGAGUUAAGACUUUUUUUAAUUACAAAUUUUUAAUUACGUCAACUACAAUGUUUUUACGUUACAUUUUGAAUGUUGGAAAUUAAAAUAAAAUACUUUUAUAAUUUCUGAA